AUGCCUACUAAUGUUAUUGUAUGUUUAUUGUUCUCUCAUUUAGUUGUUGCUGCUACCGCUCCCAACUUUGUUGCUCAAAUUAACUCUAUCCCUAUGCUGAAUGGGAUGAACUUCAAGUCUUGGAAAGAAUCCGUUGAGAUUGUUCUUGGAUGCAUGGACUUGGAUUUAUCCUUGAGGGAAGAACGCCCGAUCGCCACUGAUGAGAAUCCAAAUGAAGCAAAAAUUGAAAAGUGGGACCGCUCCAACCGAAUGUGUCUCAUGAUGAUCAAAAGAUCCAUACCUGAAGUUAUUAGGGGCUCGAUUGCUGAAAGUGAGAGUGCUAAGAAGUUCCUUGAAACCAUUGAACAAUUUUUUGCUAAAAAUGAUAAGGUUGAGACAAGCACUACUUUGUCGAAAUUGAUUUCAAUGAGUUACAAAGGUAAAGGGAACAUACGAGAGUAUAUCAUGGAAAUGUCUCUUCUUGCUUCAAAACUUAAGGCAUUGAAGUUAGAACUUCCUGAGGACUUAAUUGUGCACUUAGUUUUGAUAUCUCUUCCUGCACACUUUGGGCAAUUCAAAAGGAAGAGAGGCUGA